GGACAGGAAGAUUUCCUGAAUAUUUUGCAAGUGUCAUAGUUGCAACAAGCUGGCCAAAUAUAUCCUGAGGCAGUCUCACACAAGUUUGCGUUUGUUAAAGUCAGCUGACGAAAAUUGCAAUCAGACUGCCAACGUCACCCUUCAUGACAGUGUUUUACACCGUAUUCCUGCCAGAGAUCUGUCGAGUGUAAAGGAAGUGCCUAGCGUUGAAUAAUAUAAUCAGAGUGAAUAUCAAAGGCAGAGAUUUGUUCACAGACAAGUGGUUGCUCAAAAGACUUAAAAAGGCGGCUAAAUUUGGUUCCUGCUUCUCCAAACAGUGCCCAACUCCCUGCACCUUUCCAACCCUUCUAAAACGAAAUCAUAACAACAAUUCAAACAUUUAAAUUUCAACUCAAUAUGAACGAUCGGGUUGAUCGCUUCAGAGCCUUGACCGGCCAGCAAGAAGUUUACGACAAUCCUGAUAUGGAGGAACCACAAACAGAGAGCGAAGAUGCCUUUGUGCUUCCGGAGGGAUUCACAAUUAAAGCUCAGAAUAUCUACGAGGGUACCUCCGAAGAAGAAGAUUCUCCGCCUCAAUCAAAACCUGGAAAAUCGGAGCAACGUAGCAAUGCUCCUCAGCAGUACCAAAAUGAGGAUCAUGAAUUUGACGACGGGGAAAACGCCACGGCCAGAAUGCGAGCGGGCAUGAACCAAUAUCAAUAUGGGUCAUCGGCGCCACUACUAUAUCCUGAACUGGGUCCCAAUGACUUCCAAGAGUACAAGAAACUAGAGUAUGGUCAACUUGCUGCGGAAGGAGAGAGUUUUUGUCCCUGGAAAACCGUAUCGCAGUAUGCAUAUAGAUAUAUUGGCCAUGCGAACAGACCAAAGGUCACAGAGCAGUUCUUCUAUGGAGGUAAAUGCUAUUUGCAAACUUGGGAUUUCUUUUUCCUACAUAGAUUAAGGGAAGAUUCGAACCAAAGCCCGAUUAUCCUUGUUCCUACUAAGCAAGUUGAAUAUUUCCUGGCUGUCAUCAACAGAUCACUUGGUACGAAUCUUACUAUUCCUUCUGGAUCAGCAGGCGCAUUUGAUGCAGUCUUCAGUAACGACGGUACCCCCUAUCCCAGAUACCUUGGGCGAGUACUCAACAAAAACAUGGCGGAUGAGUUGAGAGAAAAUGUUCCACCUCGAUAUUACAAACUUGAUGGCGAACCCCCUAUCACAAAGCCACUUGUAGAUACAUCACUUGCGGCCUUUAGAGCCAAGAUUGAGGCUUUAAGUCUAACUGCAAAGAACAAAAAAGCAGCAAAUAAAGAGAAACAACGAGUCGAGCGAGUUGCCAAACAAAAAUCUUGGAAGGAUUCUACCAAACGUGUUCAGCGUUAUCUAGGGUUGCGCAAACGAUCAGAUAAUGAUACAGCAACAGUUUCUGACUCCGCAGAUAACAAUACCUUCUAUGAUCCGGAGAAACGUACAAAGUUUAUGAUGGAAGAUGCAGUCGUUUUUGUCUGCAUUGAUGUUGAAGCUUAUGAAAUGAACAACAACAUCAUUACAGAAAUUGGUAUUGCUACUCUAGACGUUCUGGAUAUUGCUAAUAUGGAACCGGGUGUACUCGGCGAAAAUUGGAGAAAAGCUAUUCGCGCAAGACAUUUUCGUAUUAAGGAGAAUAUGCAUCUCAAUAACACAAAACAUGUUCAGGGAUGUGCUGGUAGUUUUGAAUUUGGCACGAGCGAGAUUGUCUACAGAGACGAUGCACCCCGCAUGGUUGGUAGCUGUUUCAAAUACCCCUUCUCCGACCCUUCUCCAUCUCCCGAUCUUGCCGACCAGAAACGUAACAUCAUACUCGUUGGCCACGAUGUUGACGCGGAUAUUCGUUUCCUUCGCCAGAUCGGCUAUGAGAUUAAUAAUCUUAAACUGCAUGAAGGUUGUGAUACCACUCUCAUGUGGCGAGCUUUGAAGCGGGAAGUUAACCCAAGAAGCUUAUCUGCUAUACUUGCGGAGAUUGGUAUUACGGCCUGGAAUCUACAUAAUGCGGGCAAUGACGCUGUGUAUACUUUGCAAGCUAUGUUAGGAAUUGCUUGUAAGCAUUUGGUGGAUAGAAAGAUUGAAAGAAAGGAGAAAGAUAAGUUGAAGAAGGAUAGAAUCUCCGAAGCCGUCAAAGAAGCAGUAGAAUUAGCUUACGAGCGCGAAGAAGGUUGGUCCUCUGAUGGUAGCGACGGUGGUGAACGUAUUACACCCGAGCAAGCAGAUGCCAAAAAAGCUGCUGAUGCUGCUAAGAAAGCCGCUAGUAGAAGACCAAAGGUAACAGAUGUGAAUAAACUGUGGCCCAAUGGUAAUGAAUCAAGAAAUACUGCUUCUACCUCCUGGACCGGUGUUGCUCAAGGCCAAAAUCAAAGUUCUCAGGGAGGAUGGGGAACCCCUCCAGCUACUCCGACAAAGAAUGGAAAAUCUAAGGCGGAUUCUGCUUCUUCUUCUGCACCUGAGCCAUUACUUGUAUCUGCAGAGAAAUUUGGAUACAAAAGUUUAGGUUCAAAUUUUAAGUCGUCAGCUAGCACCGGUAGUGGUUUAAAUGCUGAUUGCAAGACCAAUCCCGAGGGCCAAACGGCAUCUCAACUCCGUACAGGUGGUGACUGGGGUCGAGAAUGGGCAACUCGGAACACAACAGCUGCUGCUGAACCAGCUUCAACUAACCAAACAUCAACCUCCACCUCCACCCCCGCUCCUACCGAUCUUACUUCCACAUCUACAUCUCUUGACUCCGAAAUCACAGAUCUCGGACAGAAAAUGCAAAACGCUACUCUCGCUGAACUCCAGGAACAAGGUAGAAUUCCCAUGGAUCUCUCGGCAAAUGCAUCGCUCCAACUCCAGGAACAACAGAAAGAAGAUGCAAAGGGUUAUGAAGAAAGUCCGUGGCCUCAACAGAGUGUACGUAGGGUUAAGUGGUAGAUGCGGUUUUUUCUUCACCUGGGAUUUGGAUGUGGGGUGUACGAUCGGAUCAGAGUCCAAGAUAAUAUCUUGUCUUAUGUUCUUCGGUCGAUCAAAUCACUUGUGGGGAGACUUGCAAAUGCGCGGAGAUACCUAUCUCGUUUUGCUUUGCUUUGAGCACCGGAUCAGAUCUACUUAAUUAUGAGCGAAGAUACAGCGGUACAGCGAAGAACUUUGUAUUGAAAAUGCGUUGAGAUUCUCCUUUUUCUUCUCUCUUUCUUCGAUGAGCUAUGCAUGGUUUUUUUGCAUCAAACAGUAAAUAUAUCGAAGAAUACAGCGGCGAGGACUACAUAACGUAGCAAGGAUUACUUUCAUAACAUGUAUCAAUAAAACCACUUUAUUUUUACUAUCACAUUCA